GCUUCGAGAAGAGGCACAAGUAUGCUUGACUACACGUAAAAUCUUAACCACUGCUAACUAAAAGUCGGUCUUUUUGAGGAGGACAGAUUCCUUGACGGGAGGAUGUUUCCAUUCAGAUUCCUAAGAGAGAAACGCUGGCCAUUCGAACGCGGCUAUGUUCCUAGUCGGGGCCCAUACACAGUACCGUCGAAAACGUUCUGUUUUAAAACGGAUCUUCCAGGGAAACACUGCUUUUUGUCUUUCUAAGGAAAAACCACUCUCCCAGUUCAUAGCUAACUUUCAGAGAUCCCGCGUUAUUUCCGGCAUUGCUGAAGUCAGCCUCCCGCUCCUGUCUCAUCCGUCUUCCUUGCUCGCGCUCUGGUGUUGGCCGAACCCCCCCCGUCUCGUUUCUUCGUCGUCGUAAACCCUUUCACACGCUCUCAUGUUGUCAAAGCAGCGACCGCGUCAUUUCUGAAACUCCGAGACUAUACCGAAGCCUCGAAGUCCGACCAAGCCACAGAAAGAACCUGGAUUUUCUGUUGUCGCUCACCCGCCGCAGGCGGGCACGUCACAGAGCGUGCCUAAGAGGGAAUCGUGGUCCUAAACUUGUGGCAGCUCUCUACAGCUCUUCAGUUUCGGACCGCGAACCCGUUUGCUGUUUCCGCCUUGUGUCGGAGAACUCACGUGCUCUGUCCCUGCCUCCCUCCUUCCUCUGUCGUUGCUUUGUCUUCCUCUCACUCCUCCCUAAUUUGUCUUGCCUACUGAGCGUGUGAGGCAUCUGUGGACGCUCGCGGCGACGUCUGGUCCGGCACCCUUUGUCGGAGCAGACGGCCGUCUUGUCUCUGUGAGUCGCAAAGGUCUCGCUUUUUCCACCAUGUUCUCGGACUUUACGCACUCUUCCAACCGAAGGAUCGAUCUUUCUGGCGCCUCGCGUCCGGCCUUCGUCCGCGGGCGCCUUGCAGCCGGGGUCGCUGGCUCCUCCGGCGCCGCCUGUCGCUCCUCCUUGCUCGAGUUCCAGCGUCGAGAGAGGCAACUGCGAGAGCAGCAUCGCAGGUCUGUGGACGCUGCCUUAAAAGUCCAGAGGUGCUGGAGAUCUUCUUUCGUUCGAAGGCAAACGAAGGGGGACCACCGGCGCGCCUUCGAUGCCGCUGUUGCUGGCCUCCUUGCAGGGGCGGAGGACGGCACGGGCAGCGGAGCCUCAGAGACAGGGCGCCGAACUCGAUUUGAGGGGAAGAGCUGUGAAACGCAUACACACGGGCAGCCUGCAGCCCGCCGUGCACUCUGCAUUCAACGCGCUUUGCCGAGGCUCAUCCGGCAACUUGCGUUCUUCUUCGAUCCGGACGAAGAUGGCCAGAGGAGGCGGAGCCCCUCGCGGAGUCAGGGGGGGCGUCAGACCCGCGAGCUGGAGGUGCCGACAGCCGGCGACGCGUCGACGCUUGCAACCGUCGGAGAAGCAGGAAACAAGUCGGACUGCGCGGCGCGGACACUCGCUCAAGAGCGGAGUUCAGGAGGGAUGCAAGUCACCUUUUAUGCCGGUGGAACGACGGUGUUUACCGACGACGUCGCGCGACUCGCCCUCCUGUGUGACUGGGUGCUGAAUCUCGGAGAAGACCACGCGAUACACGGACGGCUCUGUGGCACAUGCAACGCUUCGAGGAGACAGGCGCCCUUCGACGUGGAGAUGGAGGAUGCAACUCGCGCAUCAAUCAAUACCUGUCUCUUCCCUCUCGCGGCGGAAGAGCUGCGCUCAACCGAGCAGACACCUGCUCCACCUCUAACCUCGCAAGCCCCAGAUUCUUCGAGUCAUGCGCCUUCCACCAGAGCCUCUGCGCGAGACCGUCUGCCGCAUGAGCCUCGUUUUCUUCAGCUUUUGGCCACCACAGAGUUGCGCCUCUUGCUGCAGUGCGCUGCUCUCCGCUACCGCGCUGUUCUCUUCAGCAACGAGGCUCCCGCGUCUCUGCUGCCACCCCGUUUUCUUGUUCCCCAAGCCUCAGAAGGCAGCAGGGAUCGAUCCCCCGCGGCCUGCGACUCGUCCGUGACUGCUGCGCCGGCAACCGUCUCUCUGUUUGGGGGCAGGGGAAGUCUUGGCACGCGGGAGAUGCGCACCGAGUGGGGUUUGAAGCAGGACAAGAUGACCCGGCUCCUCGGCCUAGAGAACGGAAAUAGCGGGGACGAGCCCCCGCGACGAGUCGCGGGCCUCAGCGCGUUCUCAUGGGUGCACUUGAGGCCUGCAUGCGGCUGGAGAGGCAGCGUCCUCGCCUCGUCCCUGCGGACAUUCGCGAGAACAGACGACAAUGCCGCGACGAACGGGAAGAAGGAACCUGCGACUUCUGGGGGCGUAGGGGCGGGGGAGUCCGGGGGCCUGGGCGAGAGACCAAGCGCCCUUUUGGGGGGGCAAGAGAACGCGGAAGAGGGCGUGGAUGUGGCCAGCAAUUUGCUUGCAGGAAGGCGAAGCGUGGGUGCGUCGGAUCCGCCCUUUUUCUUGCUGCCUGCGGGUCCGGAGACGCCGGAGAAAGGAGUUCAGGAGCUGUGGCACUGGAUUCGAAGCGUCCGGGAUAUUCUUCUCGCUGUCGCCUCUGCGUCUGCAUCGGGGGAUUCGUUGGAGAGCGAUCGAGUCGCAGAAAUCCUCCCCAACUCCUCGGACGCCGGUGGGCUCUCUCGCCUGCUGCGCAGCUGGCGGGCUGUCGGCGGAGGCCCGCUAGCAGCCAUGCUCGGAGACGCUCUGGCAGACGCGAUGACGACUCCGGCCGAAGUCGAGGAGGGUGCGAUCUGUGGCGAAGGACGAACCAUUUCAGACCGACGGGAGCGGGACCUCGCUGCGGCCGUCGAAACAUGGUUGUGCGUAUGCAGAGCAGCAGAUGACGUGAGCGGCGAGCUGGAGUUUCUCGUCCACCUUUUUGGCGCUCCGUGUCUGGUUCCGGUUUUCGACGCCACGGGGCCGCCUCCAUCGCCUUUGUCUUCUUCCUCUCCCUCUGUUUUGACUGCCUCUCGGCUCCCGCUGCUCGCAGACGAUGAGAGCGAAAAGUGGAGGCGGCGCACGCGCUUCCUGACCCUCGUUCUCGGCCGCAUGCUGAGCUCCGUAGCGGGAUGCGACGCGCUUCAGUCGCUUCUUCAGAUGCUUCAGCUACCCCAGCUUUCCCCGAAACAUCGGGGGGCUCUGCCCAAAUCCACCGUUGUCACUCUUCCUUCUCGUGGAGCCCUGGGAGGCGAGCCGCCCGCGGCGAAGCAGCUUGAAGGCCAGACAGCGAGUCGUCGGCUCCGCGAGGCCGAGCAACAAAUUCGCGAUUUGGUGACGAAAGACGUUUCCAGGAGAGUGCGGACUGAGGCCGAGGCGGCAAACGGUCGGGAAGGCGAGUUAGUGCAGGUGAGGAAGAGUCCGCUCGUUCUCUGCUUGGCAGGGAACGCGUUAGGUCUGCUGCACAACCAGAUCGAGGUCGGGGAUCCAGACUCGCGCGACUGGGCGAAGAACCGAGGAGACAAAGAGGGGGGCGGCCAGGAAGACAAAGCUGCGCAGAGAACGCUGUUAUGCGUUCUGUGUUGGGCUGCAACCUUUGCCCACGACGAACUGCUGCGGCAGAGCGUUUUGAGCUCCGAGGAACAACAGACAGGCGAAACACAAGGAGAAAAAGAACCCGGGAUCGACGCUGCCCUCAGGCGCCAGCUGCGCCUCCUCAUGACGCCCGCAGUUCUCCGUGCCCUCUUCGACUGCGCCGAUGAAGACCCACCAAAUCGGUUUCCUCCCCUUCUGCGUAUCUUUUUCCCUCCCUCUCUGUGCGCAUGCCCGAGUGCGGACACACGAGUAGACACAGCGCCGCAAGGCGAGGCGGGCGAAAGUCUCUCUGCACGCGAAGAGCCGUCUGAAGAAGAGUCUUCUGAGGACGAAACCGAAGACACCAUGACAGCUUUCAAUGCCAGUGCCGCGGACCCAUCUGCAGAUGGCGGCUCAGAACCUGCCAUAGGCGUCGAUCGACUCAUUCUGAACGCGCUAGCCAUGAACACGUCUCUCUCCACUCAUCUCCUCCCUGUCAUCCGACACGUCUUCGAUGCGGAGUGCGGCGGCGACGUCGAUCAGUUUCUUAGACGCCUGGGACCGGCGCCAUUCUUCGACGCUCCUCUCGGCCAGGUGCUCCGUGCGGCUUGCACGCUUCUGCAGUAUCAACUCGAGCUCAUGUACGACUCUGAACUGGUGGAGACGUCGCGCUCUGCUCCGCUCCCUGGUUUUCGCCCGCCUGCAUCUUCUUCCUCUUCGUCUUCUUCCUCUUCUUCUUUGGCGCCUCUUUCCAGCUCUCCCCUUCUGACGGCUUCGGACUUCCAGUGGUUGUCGCUGACCCUGAAUAAAGUUGCGUGGAAGCUCCUCCAAGCGUGCUAUACGCCGAGUGUCUCCUCACCGCCGUCGAUUUCUGCCCUCAGAGCUCCCAUUUCUUCUCUCUCAAAUGCGUGGGCUGCUGUGGUCUCUCCCGGGGUUUCGGGCCUCGGCGCCGAGCGUCUGGGCCGCCACUCUCGGUCAGGCGAGGAACGCCGGAGGGGGCUCUCGAGGUCGCACUCUUCUUCUCUGCGUGGCGUCCUCACAACCCUCGUUCGACAGCUCUUCGACCGUAACAGUCGCCUCCAUUUCCUCCCAGAAACGUCCUGGAUUCUCCCCGACACGAUGUACCUUUUGAAGAGCAAGGCUCUGCUCCACCAGCAGGAGCGCCUCGCCCAGCUCGACGCCUCUUUCGCCCCACCACCCCGCGCAGAAGAGGCAGCCACAGAGGGCUUGGAGAGAGUUGCAAACACAGGAGUGAAGCACGCCGAAAAAAUACUCGCUGCCCUCCUCACAGAGCUUCCCCAUACAAUGGCCUUUGAAGACCGAGUCCUCGUUUUUUACGACAAAAUCAACGCGGACCGCCUCCGAUUCAGAGACGCCUUUCACCAGAUGCCUUUUGAUCGCAGCCUCCACGAGAUCAGACGAGGCUACAUCGUUGAGGAUGGCCUCUUUGCGCUUGGAUAUGCCGACGAGCACGACCUCAAGGGUUUUUUUCGAAUUCAGUUCAUAACGGGCGAGGGCGUCCCCGAAGAAGGCAUCGACGGCGGCGGACUCUUCAAGGAGUUUCUCGUGCUCUUGUCUCGAAAGGUCUUUGAUCCCGACUACGGACUCUUCAAGGCAUCGUCGGACAACUCUCUGUAUCCGAACCCAAGUGUUCACCUCGCACAUACACAUCCUACGGCACUUUACAAUGCUCUUGGUAAAGUCGUUGGCAAGGCGAUAUACGAAAAAAUUCUCAUUGAGCCGCAGCUGAAUCGCGUCUUUUUGAAUUUGCUCCUCGGAAGGCCUAACCAAGUGGACGACGUCCAAGCACUUGAUCCAGUUGUCCACAAAAACCUGCUGUUUCUGAAACACUACACCGACAACGUCCAAAACCUUGCCCUCUCCUUCAGCGCCACGUUGGGCGACUUUGGCAGCAACGAGGAAGAAGAUCUAAUUCCAAACGGAAGAACCAUUCCUGUUACCAACGACUCGAAACUGCGGUACAUCCAGGCCGUCGCGCACUUCAAAUGCACGAAGCAGAUUGCCAAACAGACGCAAGCUUUCCUCAAUGGCCUGUCCCAGGUGAUUCCUCUCAAGUGGCUGAAGAUGUUUAGCCCCGCAGAGCUUCAGCUGUUGAUCUCGGGCAGCCCGCUAGGUUUCGAUGUGGCGGACUUGCGAGCGCAUGCGAACUUCACCGGAGGGUUCGAAGCCUCCUCGCCGACCAUAUGUUGGUUGUGGGAUACUCUGGAGGAAAUGAGUAGCGAGGAGCGGUCCAAGUUCCUCAUGUUCGUCACGUCUUGCUCGCGGCCACCUCUCUUGGGAUUCCGCAAUCUCCAUCCUUCCUUCACAGUCCACAGAGUUCCAGAACGACACCGUCUGCCAACGAGCAGCACAUGUGUGAACCUGCUCAAACUUCCACCCUAUGAAUCGAAAGAGGUUCUGAGAGAGCGGCUAAUGGAAGCUAUCGAAGGCGCGGAGGGUUUCGGGUUGUCAUAAAGAUAAUUGCGUCGAGGAUGUCGAAUUGAAACGAUACAAGGGCUUCUUUGUCCGAAGCUGCGGUACUCGCGUCCUUCCCUUCUGUGUUUAAACAUUUGUAUUAAUGUAGAGCUGCGCGCUUGCCGUUCGGGCUUGUAACGGAGCAGGCGUUUUAGUUUUCAGUGUCACCGUGCUACGGCACUUGGCGGCCCGUGCUGGUUUUCGGGGAGAAGGAGAAUAAAUGAGCGGCCCUUUUGGAUAGAGUGAUACGUGUGAGUUAUGUGUCUGCGGAAUAGAGGAAGUCUUCCUUUCUCCCUUUUUGCCGCGUGUCAUGUGACGAUCUAAUUAAGCGCUGCGCUUCAGUUUCGCGGUCGUCUGUUAGUCAGGCAACUUCCUCCGGAGUGCUAUCAAUUUCACGAACCAGGAAUGCUGGGAAGCUGUCACGUAAGGUUACGCGAAAUAUUUCCAUAGAAAAGUGAUUUUUCCUUGUACACAGCCGCAACUACAGAAGCCGCCAACGCGCGAAAGGUCGCCUGCAGUGUACCGACUGACGGAGGCUACAGGCUUCAUUUAUCGUACCACAUCAGAAAGCCUUGGGAUGUUGCAUUGUUGCUUCUUAACGGAAACAGACGCUCUCAUGUUGCAUUCAAACAAAACCAACCCAAAUCUGCU